CAGUCGCGAAGAGGAACAAGAAGGAAAGUGCUUACAGCAGCAGCAAUAGCACCACCAGCAGCAGCAGAAAGGACACGGGCAAUUCAUCAAUCAAAAGUACACUAAUUACGUUAACUAGCUGUGUACGGUGACCACGCACACACGCGCUCGCAACAAUCGCUGCAAGAUGUGUCGGGCGAUGCUGGAACGGUUUGCGUUAAUCGGUGCAUCCGUGCUCACCUGCCACUGCCCGUAUUGCAGCUGUCAGUGAGGUGCCCCCGAUAUUAAGUAAUCAAAUAACAUUUGACGUAUCCAAAGUAUGUGCCGAUGGGACGAAAAUGUAUUUUAUUCCACAAAAACAUUUGUUUAUGAUCGAUCGGCAAUGGUGAAAUAAGUGGUAUCGCGCGCGGUUGUGUGCUUACGUUACGUGCCGUAAGUGUGUGCGACGACGACGACGACGACGACAUUCACGACGAGAAAGCUAGUCGCGCGGCUCGAAAGAUGGCUGUGCAAUUAGACACCAGCGGAAAAGAUGAUUUGAAAACGCAAUUUGCCACUCGCGAGGGAGAGUACAGAUUAAUGACACUGUCGGAAUACUCACGGCCCAAUCGUGUCGGGUAUCAGAACAAUCAGAGCAGUCCCCAGGUGCGCGUGUCGAUCGUGUCAUUGCCAUCGCCGCCACCACCACCCCCACCCAUCGGUGGUGGUGGCGGCGGAGGGGGAGGCGGCGGCAGCAGCGGUGGAGUCGGAGGUGGUCAGCUGGCCGGGACGAGUAGCACCAACAGCAAUAAUAUUACCCUGCCGAAGCAGCAAUCCUUUUCGAACGGCCUGGAACAUCAGACGGCGUCCGGAUUCAGUACACCGGUUGGGGGUGAUCGGAUAUGUUUCAAUUACGGCAAGGAACUGUACGUCUAUUCGUACCGGGGAGCUAAAAAGGCAACGGACCUCAACAAGCCUAUCGAUAAAAAACUCUACAAAGGAACCUCGCCUAGUUGCCAUGACUUUAACGCGACGGCGGCAACAUGCGAAGGCGCUCCGCUGCUGGUGGGUUUCAGUACCGGGCAAAUUCAGCUGGUCCAUCCGGGCCGCCGGGAACAGGGAAAACUAUUCAACGAAGAGAGGAAUAUCGACAAAACUAAAGUUACCUGCCUAAAGUGGAUACCGGGAUCUCAGAAUCAGUUUUUGGUGUCGCACGCCAGUGGCUGUAUAUAUCUGUAUAACGACGAACUACCCUGUACGCCGGCCACCCCAAGCUACCAGCCGUGCAAAACCGGCGACGGGUUCGUAGUGCUGGCCAGCAAAUCGAAAGCAACGAAAAACCCGCUCUACAAAUGGUGCUUCGGCCAGCACGAGAAUGCGAGCAUCAACGAGUUUUGCUUUUCGCCGUGCGGCCAACAUCUGGCGGUCGUGUCGCAGGACGGAUUUCUGCGCAUCUUCCACUACGAGCGCAUGGAGCAGGUCGGUAUCGCACGAUCGUACUUCGGUGGCUUUCUGUGCGUCUGCUGGAGUCCGGACGGCAAGUACGUGGUGGUGGGCGGCGAGGACGAUCUGGUGACGGUAUUUUCACUGCACGAGCAGCGUGUGGUUGCGCGCGGCCAGGGCCACCGGUCGUGGGUGUCUGUGGUAGCGUUCGAUCCGUACACCACCUCGUACAGCAGCACGCUCGAGGGUGACGAUCUAUCCGAUGAGGAGGUGUCAUCGCUCAGCGAGCAACGUAACCCUCAUCAGCAGCAGCAGCACCAUCAUCACGGAGCGGGCGGCAACUAUUGCCAUCCGGACGGUACCGGUCACACGGCAAUGAAGCAACCGGGUUCGGCGCAGUGCGAUAAACUGGCCGCACAGAAUCGAUUAGCCACGUGCUACCGGCUGGGUUCGGUUAGCCAAGAUACUCAGAUAUGUCUGUGGGACAUAACGGAGGACGUGCUGCGGCAAUCGUUCGGGCGCGUCGUAAAAUCGGCAAACCAUACGGGCAAAAAGGAAGUGAUGGUAAACGGGCUGUCGAACGGCGGGGAUAGUGAGUGCGGUGCGGCAGGAAAGUUGGAUAAGUGUGGUGGCCCCACCAAAGGCAACAAACCGUCGGACGAUGUAGUUGAUAAUGCUAGCUUUAAACAACAGAUAAUCCCCCCUACAUUAGGCGCAAUUGGUAAUAAUAGUUUGUAUAGCGGCAGCAUCAAACCCACUAGCAGUAGUAGCACUUACGCUAAUAUGAAUUGUGAUGAUAAAGCUAAUAGCGACAGUAGCAGUGAUAAGGAAUCGGUCGAUAGUAAAACUGUUAAGCGAUCUGCAGCCGCCGCCGCCAGCAGUAGCAAUCCUGGCGAUGCCGAGACGGCUGUGGCCAGCGCGACCACCAGCAGCGGCGGUAACGGUGGCAAAGCGUCCACCGGUGGUGGCAAAAAGUCCAAGGGCGGAAGCAGCGACGGUGGUGGCGGCACGCAGCAGCAUUCCAGCAGCACGUUCAACUCGAUAACGCAACGUUUGACGAGUCUGAGCUUCGGAAGCGGGGGCAGCGGUACGAGCAGUACCAGCAGUGGCAGCGGCGGUAGUAGCUGUGAUAAGAACGACAAGUCGGCCAGCAAGUCGUCGGCGGCUGGCGGUGGUAGCAGCAGCGGCAAGCGCAGCAUCAUAGCGCUCGGAAGCAAAAGUUUUAGCAGUAACAGCAAUAGCAAUAGUCUUAACAACAAUCAUCAUCAUGCUGCGCUGAACAGCAGCAUCGCAAGCAACAACAACCAGCCGGUGUCCGGAUCGCCGUCCGGCGGCAUGUCGAGCACGUUCACCUCCAUCAUGACGUCCUCGCUGACGAAGAGUAAGGGAUCGGGGGGCGGCGGCGGCGGCGGCGGUGCGAUCGGUACCGGUGGAUUUGCCCCCUGCGGACGGAUCGUCUCGUCGUACGAUCCGAUGAAGCUGAUCGGGACGCCGGCCUGCCCCCGCUUCGACGAUUGUCCAGUAUUAGAGCCGCUGAUUUGCAAAAAGAUCGCGCACGAGCGGCUGACGGCGCUCAUCUUCCGCGAGGACUGCUUUCUGACCGCGUGCCAGGACGGGUUCGUGUACACGUGGGCGCGACCGGGCUUUGUUAAUAUUCCACAGCAUUUAUCUUCAACACCUUCGGCACCACCAGGGGGAACGGUAGUGUAAAUAUUUUAAGUUAAUAUUGAAUGUUCACAACAGAAACCUCCCUGCGCUCCUCCCUUAGCCAUCCCAAACAAAAAAACAAAAAGUAAGGAAAAUCCUAUUACACAUGUUCUUUACGUUGCGGAAUAAAAACAAGACACACACACACACAUUUUAAUAUCCGUACGAGUAAGUAAAGAAUAAGUACGUAACCUA